CUCAACUCUACGAAUUUCAUCUUUACAAUGUGGGCACUUGUUUAUACACAAGAAUAAAAUUUGAGUUAUUUAGAGGAAAAAAUUAAAUUAACAAAAAAUGCCUCAGAACGAACACAUUGAAUUACAUCGGAAAAGGUACGGUUAUCGCUUUGAUUACCAUGAAAAGAAACGGAAGAAGGAAGGCCGUCUUCCACAUGAAUUGGCACAGAAGGCGAAAAAAUUACGUGGCUUAAAAGCUAAAAUAUACAAUAAGCAACGAUUUUCGGAGAAAGUGCAAAUGAAGAAGACUCUUAGAAUGCAUGAGGAAAAGAGUACCAAAAAGCGUGAUCCAGAAAAAGUACCAGAAGGAGCUGUUCCAGCUUAUCUAUUGGAUCGGGAAGGUCAGCUGCGGGCUAAAAUUCUGUCAAAUACAAUCAAACAGAAAAGAAAAGAAAAAGCAGGAAAAUGGUCUGUGCCAUUACCUAAAGUCAGAGGAGUUAGUGAGGCAGAAACCUUUAAAGUUAUUAAAACUGGUAAGCGGAAGAAAAAAGCAUGGAAACGAAUGGUUACUAAAGUAUGCUAUGUUGGAGAAGGCUUCACUCGUAAACCACCCAAAUUUGAAAGAUUUAUUCGUCCUAUGGGAUUGAGAUUCAAUAAGGCACAUGUCACUCAUCCUGAGUUGAAAGCUACAUUUUGUUUACCAAUUAUUGGAGUUAAGAAAAAUCCGAAUUCUGCACUUUUUACAAAUCUUGGUGUCAUAACAAAAGGUACCGUGAUUGAAGUAAAUAUCAGUGAACUUGGUCUUGUAACUCAAGGUGGUAAAGUAGUUUGGGGAAAAUAUGCCCAAGUUACAAAUAAUCCUGAAAAUGAUGGUUGCAUUAAUGCAGUUUUGUUAGUAUGAAAAUAAAGCUUUUUUUAAGAGAAAAAA